AUGUCGCGUCCUCGCCCACGCCCGCGACCACGCCCCGUCGUCCAUGUCCCUGCCCCCGCACCUGCACCUACUGCCUCUUCGCCCGGCCCAUCCACGAUCACCUCGCCUCCACUGGAAGGUUCCCCGGUCGAUGCUGUCGCCGACGAGGACGAACUGUUCUUCAGGAACCGCACGCGCACGGCGCAAACGUGGAGGAAGCUGGACAAGAUCUCCCACGAGAAGGAAGCGCAUAAACGAAUGAGCUCAGAUGAGGAAGAUGAGGAAGAUGAUAUGCCACAUAAACACCGCCGACGGACCACCAAGGACGAAGUCCCGAAGUGGACAAAGAUGUCAAAGGACGCGAUACUUCUGCUUUCUUCUGACGACGAGGACGACGAGGUCAUCCUACGCCGCGUAGAGCAGGCCACUCCCAAUGGAAAACGAGACGCUGCACAGGCACAAAAGCGCGUCAAUAAGCGGCAGCGUAGUCGGUCUCAGUCUAUUACACCUCCUCCUGCGGUGCCUUUGAUUGCGAUCCAAAUUGCCAAGGAGAAAGUGCAACAACUUAUCGGCGUGGCUCCACGAGCCCCCUCUCCAAUCUCCGUUGAAGAUGAUUCCACCGACACAAUUGCCCUGGACCCAGAGUUGGCCUCACUUGCGCGCCAAAUGCAAGCCCGGUCGCAAUCUGCGAUGGAUGAUGACAUCCUUGCAGAGGGAGGCCCGGAAACUGUCGCGAUCAAGGUGCACUGGAAGCCACACCCGCUAAACCCGACAGCCAAGGCGGGCUUAUGGGGGUUCAAAAUGAGGCGGCAAGACCCGUUUCGCGAGGUUUUCGAUGAGACAGCAGAUGCCGCAGAGAUCAUCUCGGACCACCUGGUGAUGACCUACAAUGGCACGCGCGUCUUCCCUUCUGCGACCCCGCACAGCAUAGGCGUGUGGGCUGAGGCUGAACUCGAUGCGUGCGACAAAAUGACAUACGAAUACCUCCUCGCGAACCGCCGCGAACGCUCACCUUCUGCCUUACACGAGCGCUCGCCUUCGCAUGCACGGUCACCUUCCCCGACGCUGGACGAAUCCGAGGCCGAUUCCGCAGCUGAGUCCGGGACAGAAGACGACAAGUUCCGGCUGACGGUGCGCUCCACAAAGGCGAAAGACAUCGUACUCACCGUACGCCCCACAACGGCUUGCGGCGCGAUCGUGAAGGCGUUCCUGAAGAAGGCGGGGCUCGCAGAGCAGUAUGGCGCCGCGGGCACGCCGGCGAAGAAGGGGAAGCGUGGAAAGCCCGCGCCGCCUGCGGGUGCGUACUUGGUUGUGGAUGGAGAUAGGAUGGACCCUGCGUCGGGAAUUGGAGAAGCCGAUUUGGACGACGGAGAUUUGGUCGAGGUCGCAGGCCUAUGA